AUGUUUGAAAACCUAGAUGCAACAGACCUGCCAUUCAACAUACAAAUCCAGACAGCUCGGACCAACUCUCUCACGGUGACUUGGGAUGCGGACUUCACCCCUCCCACCAACAACCGGAUCCAGCUCCAGUAUCGACGCUAUGGAACCACCACCUGGAUACCCGGACCAAGGGUUGUCGAUGUCUCCCAGGGCAUAGCCGAUAUUCCUUCCCUGAGAGGAAACGAGUACUACGAGGUCAGGAUCUAUGUAGGAGAUCUGGACAUACAGCUUUUUAAUUACUCCUUGGUUAACAGGUUCUAUACGUGUGAGCCCAACCGGGUUGGACCAAACUGUGAAAAUGAAUACCGGAUCUGUACUAUUUGGGGAGAUCCCCACUACAUCACCUUUGAUCAAGUCUCGUACAACUACCAGGGAGACUGCGAAUACACCCUGGUAACCGAUGACUGCAUGGCCUCAGAGAACCCUGGCACCUUACAGAGCUUCCAUCUGUGGAGUGACAAUGUGAAGCGUUUGCCCUCGGACAGGGUGGCUUACCUUCGAGAGAUCGGGCUGGAGCUGGAUGGGACGUUGUUUACUGUUGAGAGAGACCAUGUCCUCAGGAUUGAUGGAAUCAACGUGACACCCCCACUGAGGUCUGGACAGGUGUUUAUUUUCUACACCGGAUCACAUACAAUCAUUGCAACUGACUUUGGACUACGCAUAAAAUAUGAUGGAGGGUUUAGAGCUGAAAUCACACUUCCAGAUACAUACAAGAACAUUACUUGCGGUCUGUGUGGUACAUAUGAUGACCUGCAGGAUAAUGAGUAUACUAAGAAAAAUGGUCUAGUGGUGACAUCUGCCCGUGAGUUUGCCAAUAGUUGGACUCGAUCUGAUUGUGAUAUUCCAUUACAAGAUGAUACUCCAUGCUUGGAUGAUGGAACAAGGACUCAGGCAGAGGAACUCUGUAGCAUUCUUAUCGAUGAAGGUGGUGUACUUGGUGAAUGCUUCGGUGUCGUCGAUCCGGCUAUGUACUACGAUGCCUGCGUGUACGAUCUGUGUUUUACUCUCCCGGAGGAUGAUCUGCUCUGUGCUGACGUCGAUUCUUAUGCAUCGGCAUGUAGGGAGGCUGGAGGAGUUCCUGGAAACUGGAGAGCAGAGCUUACUCAGUGUGAGGUGACUUGUCCUGUCAACUCAACCUUCCUGACUUGUGCCAGUGGUUGUCAACCUGCCUGUUAUGACAUGAACCUCCAGUCUAACUGCCCGGUGUCCUGUAUCGAGGCAUGCGUUUGUGACGAGGGUCUAGUCUUGGAUGGUGAUAAGUGUGUUGACCCUCAAAACUGCGGUUGUUUGGGGCCACUUGGUGAAUACCGCUCCCCUGGGGAAACGUGGACUUCUAAUGACUGCAGUAUGAAGUGUGCCUGUUCUGGAGGGACCGUUCAAUGUUCCAGUGGACCUUGCGGAAAUAACGAGGAGUGCACCAUCAAGAGAGGGGUCAGAGACUGUUACUGCGAAGAUGAAUACUCUAGAGAUGAUAAUCAAGAAUGCGUGAGAGACCCAGGACGUUGUGUUGUUCGUGGGGAUCCCCAUUACCGGACCUUCGACCGUCACCGCUACGACUUCCAAGGCGAUUGCGAAUACACUCUGAUCAGACCUUGCAACCACGACAACAGCAGUCUUGAGGACUUCCAUCUCUGGGGCAACAACCGAAAGAACAGUCCUUCUGAUAGAGUGUCCUACAUGAGAGGCUUUACUCUGGAGUAUAAUGGGACGUCGUACAGGGUGGAGAGUGGGAAUAAGGUGUUUUUCAACGGGAGGAGACUCUCAGGUUCUCUCUUCAGCUAUGGCAAUGAUGUCAGGAUACAGUGGGACAGUGAGUACCUGUACUUGGUGACCUCUUUUGGAUUGCAAGUAGUUUAUGACGGCAAGCACACUGCAGAUAUAGACCUGAGCUAUGAUUAUUGGACCAAGACAUGCGGCCUAUGCGGUACCUUUGAUGGCGAUGAUGGCAACGAAUACAGACGCCAAGAUGGGUCGCAGACACCAUACUUGACGGUAUUCACCCAGGACUGGGUCGUUGACCCCUCCACCUGCAAUGGGGAAUCCCCUGAACCACCUGUGUGUGAAGGAGACACAUAUGACGAUGCACUGGACCUCUGUUAUAUUUUCAGCUACAUCGAUAGUAAGUCUUUAUCCUAUGCUUUAUUUUCUUAUGUUCAACUCAGCCAUCAGCAUAACUAG